AUGCCGAAAAAUAAAGGAAAGGGAGGUAAAAACAGAAGAAGGGGUAAAAAUGAAAACGAAAAUGAAAAGCGAGAGUUGAUUUUCAAAGAGGAAGGUCAAGAGUAUGCUCAAGUUACCAAGAUGUUAGGAAAUGGCCGUCUGGAGGCCAUGUGUUUUGAUGGCACCAAAAGACUGUGUCACAUACGAGGCAAGCUGCGUAAAAAGGUUUGGAUCAACGGUGGUGACAUCAUCUUGCUGGGCUUGCGGGACUACCAAGAUACCAAAGCAGACGUGAUCCUGAAGUACACCGCUGAUGAAGCUCGUAACUUGAAAGCCUACGGGGAAUUGCCUGAUUCUG